UAAAUAUGAACAAAGUGCAAGUUUGUAAACAAAUGUUUCUUCAAACACUUGCUAUAGGUGAAUAUUCCGUUCAUGAUUGGGUCCAAAAGGGAUGUUACGGUAUGACUUCUAGCUUCGAUUUGACCUACAAAUCAAACAAACGAACCACUCGACAGGACAAGGUGGAAGAUAAGAAGUUACUAAAAGAAUUUUUUGAUUGUUUACCAAAGUUGCCUUCACAUUAUGGACGUUCAAAUUCAAGUAAAUUGUAUUUAGAAACGGUAAUCCGGAGCCUAAAUCAAUUAUUUAAGUUAUACGAAAUUAAGUGCAAAGAAGAAAACAAAGUAACCCUGUCGAGAACAAUUUUUAGCAAAAUGUUUUAUUCUAUGAACUUGUCAAUUCACCCCAUUAAAAAGGAUAAAUGUGAUUUGUGCACAAAACAUGAAGUUGGUCAAUUAUCAGACAAAGAAUGGAAUACGCACAGACGUAAAAAAGAAAGGGCUCGUGAAGAAAAAAAGAGAGAUAAGGAAGAAGCAAAAAUGAACAAAAAAGGUCGGGUUUUAACAAUGGAUUUACAAGCUGUAAAAGUGUGUCCGUAUGUCCAAGCCAGCACAAUAUUUUUUAAGUUAAAACUGUGUUGCCACAAUUUUACAGUUUAUAAUGUAGUAACGCAUGAGGCAAAGUGUUUUUGGUUUAGUGAAACUGAAGCAGAUAUGACUGCAUCGACUUUUGCUUCUUGCAUUAUGGAAUACCUAACAACAGACUGUCAGAAUGAAUCUGGACCAAUUAUAAUUUACAGUGAUGGAUGUACUUACCAAAAUAGAAAUAAUAUUAUAGCAAAUGCAUUAUUAAACUAUUCUGUAAAUAAUAACAUAGAAAUUAUUCAAAAAUUUCUCGAAGUUGGACACACACAAAUGGAAUGCGACUCAGUUCACAGCUGCAUCGAAAGGAAAUUAAAAGGACGAGACAUUCAUUUACCUAGUGAUUAUCUACGAAUAACAAAGGAAGCAAGAAUGAAGCCCUUUCCAUAUGAAGUUAAAUGUAUGCAAUAUUUUAAUUUUAAAGAUUACUCAAUCAAGAAAUAUCAAAGAUAUGCAUCUAUUAGACCUGGAAAGGUCACAAAUGAUCCUGUGGUCACCGAUAUUAGAGCUCUCCAAUAUUUGCCGAAUGGAAACAUUUAUUACAAAUUGGAUUUUGAUGAUGAAUGGCGAGAACUUCCACAACGACAAAACCCUGUUUCUCAAAUGGUAGAAUGGCCACAAAUGUAUAAAGAGAAACGAAAAAUAAAAUUUCAAAAAUGGCAACAUUUGCAGCUGUUAAAGAUGUACCAAAUUGCUAAUAAGCUCUGUACGAGUUUUCUUUUUCCAAUAAAACUUUUUGUUUUAAUUAGUUUAACUAUGGGUACUGCAGAAUUUGCUUUGAGAAAGGAUUUAGCUAGCUUUUUAUUGAUCGUCAUCAAUUUUACUGCGUUAUUUGGAGCUCAUGCAGCUGGGCAAAGAUUUACUACAGCGGCUGGAAGUGUAGCGGAAGCUGUUUAUAACUUAAACUGGUAUGAUGCGGAUGUAUCAACACGAAAAAAUGUAUUGAUUUUUCUUUGCAUGAGUCAAAAGCCGCUUAAAGUGGAGCUACCUUUUUUUCGCGAAUUUUUGCAUUCAGCAGCCGCAGAUGAAAGCAAGAAAGUUUAUGUUAUCAUAAGUUGGAUAUUAACUGUUACGAAGAAGAGAAGCUUCUAA